AGGCAAAGUCUGGAAUUUGUUCAAGCUUCGCUUUCUCACACCUCCAACUCUGUUUCUUCCCUUGCCAGAUCGCUCCUCCCCGCACCUCGUCGUCUUAAGCUUCAUCCUUCCAACAAGCUCUACUUCCCUUGUGAGCCGGGCAAGCAGGCUAAGAGUGCCGUCAGGAUUAAAAACACCAGCAAAUCCAAUGUAGCUUUCAAGUUUCAAACAAAUGCACCCAAGAGCUGUUUCAUGCGACCUCCUGGGGGAAUUCUAGCACCUGGCGAGAGUAUAAUUGCAACUGUGUUCAAGUUUAUAGAGCAUCCACUGAAUAAUGAAAAGCCACAAAAAACUGGAGUCAAAUUUAAAAUCACGAGCUUGAAGGUCAAAGGACCAAUUGAUUAUGUCCCUGAAAUGUUUGAUGAGCUGAAGGAUCAAGUAACAGUGGAGCAGAUUUUGCAGGUUGUUUUUCUGGAUCCAGAGCGUAGCUGUCCUGCUUUGGAAAAACUGAAGCUUCAGCUGGCUGAGGCUGAUGCUGCUGUUGUUGAGGCACGUAAGAGAGCCCCAGAAGAUGCAGGUCCUAAGAUUCUCGGCGAAGGGCUUGUCAUAGAUGAAUGGAAAGAGAGGAGGGAAAGAUACCUGGCCAAGCAGCAGGGUGAAGUAGUAGUGGACUCUAUAUAGCUAAGUUUGAGUAGGAAAUUGCGUUACUGCGGGGAAGAUGACUUUAGGGAAACAAUUAUAUUUAAUCACAAAGUUUGGCUUAGAGAAAAUUGUGGUGAAUAAGUGUGAAGUCUCCUUUUGAGGAAACUAUGAUUGGAUGAGAACAUCCCCUGUUAUGUACAUAAGUGUCAGUGUCAUUUGGUUUCAUGGAAUGAUAUUUUGACGGAUGAUUUGCUGUCAUGGCAUGGUUUCAUGUCAAAUGAUAAUUGUUGAGAUUUUCAUCCAGAAAAAGGGUUGAUUCAUGAUAUACAAGACAAAAAUCUUAAGCAUGGUGUGAAA